CAUCUGACAUCAUCAAAGCAAACAACUACCACAAAAACCAGCUGAAAGUUUUUUGUUUUGCUUUUCCCAUUUUUCACGAAUUUUCUUCAAUUUUCUGCAUUUGUGUGUGAUUAGUUCUUGCAAAAAGGCAUUUUGCUAAUCAUGGUGGACAAGGAUAGUGCUUUGAUUCAGAAGAAAUUGCAAACGGAGCUGGAGCAUUUCAAAGCAGCCCAGAAAGAUUUCAACAAAUUGGUACAGCAACGACAACUCCUCGAUGGGCAAUUGAAUGAGAAUAAAAAUGUCAUGGAGGAAUUGAAUUUACUUAAAUCCGAAAAUAAAGUUUACAAACUCUAUGGGCCCGUAUUGGUGCGACAGGAGCUUGAGGAAUGCCGACAGAAUGUUGGGAAGCGCAUUGAGUACAUAAAUAAGGAGCUGAAGAGGUGCCAAGACACCCUUGUGACGCUGGAGAAGAAGCAAGAUAAGCACAGAGAGAAUCUCCAGAAGCUUCAGCAGCAAUACCAAGUAGCCGUUGCCAUGAAGUGAAAAUAAAAGAAAAAAAGCGUUUCAUCUUGGAA